AACAUUUUCCUCUCAGCAUCAGCACCAGAGACGUCUUCCUCCGCUCCUCUUCUCCGUCCACUGCGGAACCUCGGCCCGUUUUCCUCCCGUCUCUCCGCCAGCGGCAGACCCAGCCCGCCAUGGACAACUCCGGCAAGGAGAAGGAGGCCAUGCAGCUGAUGGCUGAAGCCGAUAAAAAGGUCAAAGCGUCCGGAUCCUUCCUCGGAGGAAUGUUCGGUGGGAACCAUAAGGUUGAAGAUGCCUGCGAAAUGUACGCCAGAGCAGCCAACAUGUUUAAGAUGGCAAAGAACUGGAGCGCUGCUGGGAAUGCGUUCUGUCAGGCCGCUCGGCUCCACAUGCAGCUUCAGAACAAACUGGACUCUGCAACCAGCUUCGUCGAUGCCGGAAAUGCCUACAAGAAGGCCGACCCACAGGAGGCCAUCAACUGUCUAAACCAGGCCAUUGACAUCUACACUGACAUGGGUCGGUUUACCAUCGCAGCCAAACAUCACAUCACUAUAGCAGAGAUUUAUGAGUCUGAACUGGUGGACAUUGAGAAGGCCAUUGCACACUAUGAGCAGGCAGCAGAUUACUACAAAGGAGAAGAAUCUAACAGCUCAGCCAACAAAUGUCUCCUGAAGGUCGGACACUACAGCGCCCAGCUGGAGCAGUACCAGAAAGCCAUCGAAAUCUACGAACAGGUUGCAAUGAGCACAAUGGACAAUCCUCUGUUGAAGUACAACGCUAAAGAGUAUUUCUUUAAGGCGUCACUGUGCCACUUCAUUGUGGAUGAACUCAAUGCCAAGUUGGCCAUCGAGAAGUAUGAGGAGAUGUUUCCAGCCUUUUCAGACUCAAGAGAGCUUAAACUGCUAAAGAAACUCUUGGACGCCCAUGAGGAGCAGAACAGCGAGGCAUUCACGGAGGCCGUGAAGGAGUUCGACUCUGUGUCCCGUCUGGACCAGUGGCUGACCACGAUGCUGCUCCGCAUCAAAAAGACCAUCCAAGGAGAUGCUGGGGAUCUGAAGUAGACUAAAUAUAGAAAAGGGGAGACAUGGAGGGAGCUGGGGAGCGAGGGUGACAAAAGAGAGGGGGAAGAAUCGGGGUAGAGGAGGUUUGAAGAAAGGGUGGGUAUGGAAAGAUGAUUUAAGGUUGAAUAAAACUGUAGAUAGCCAGUGUAAGGGAGGGAUGGUGGGACUGAGGGAGUUUACAGUUGUACAUAUCAGUCUGCAUGUGACCCCCAAUCAGCUAAGCAUCACUUUAAACCACUGUUAGAUGACCCUGUGCCCCUUCCUACCGUAUUGCUCCGUAACACUGGACAGAAUUGUAUUUAAAGAGAAAGAAUGAUAGAAAAUGUGUUAGAGAGAUGAAUGUGUGUGAGAGAGUGUGUGUUUGAGUGUGUGUGUCCACUGCAGUAAGAUAAUUAUACUAUUAGAUUGGGAGGUGAGAAAUACACUGAUAUAGUUAUUGUAAAGGAAUAAAAAUGUUAUUUAUGAGAAUAUCCAUAUUUAUUGUCAAUACUGAAAAUAUUUAUUAUUUACUAUGGUGCUCAGUGUUACGGUUUGUCUUAAUAUUUUAGGUAUUAGUCCCCUCUUCUCAUAUUCUCCUUUACUUCCUCCUCCUCUUCGUUCUUCCACCGCCCUUGUCUCGUCCUCUCCUCUCUCCCAACACCCCAUCAGAGUCAGUAAAAUCACCCAUUGUGAUCCGUUGGUUCUUUGUGUUCAGGCCAACGGUGGGGCGGUGCAGUUGGUGACCAAAGCCAACUCCUGCUGCUGCCUUGUUUGUGCAUGUCUGCUGUCAUGUUGAUGUAAGUGUUCUCCGUGUUGUGCUAACGUGUGAAGAACAUACGUGUAGCCUGGUAUCAUUUGUGUGAAAUCAGUAAAUAUGUACCUCAUAUAUCGAGUUGAAAUAAAAACAUCAUCACACCAGG